CUGAAAUUUCUGAAGUGUUUUACCAAAGUCUCAGCACAAUAUUUCCAUUUCCAUAGUCAACUUCCGCGGCCUUAGAUCAGUACAAGGAACGUACACUUCAAGCAACAAUCAUGAAUUUAGGAACCUCAAAACCCAUGAAUGUCUUUUUCCUCAUUCUCAACAAUAAUGGUGUACACAGUAAUCGUCACUUGUUCAUCCAUGGAAGCAAGACUCCGCUUCACUUGUUUCAUGAUCCUCUGUCAUAUUUUUUUGAAUUCCCACUUAACAGAAGCAAUGAACAGAACCCCGAAUGAAGAUUGUCCCAAAUCUGAUUUCCACUGCGGAAUUCUGGGCAAGGUGGGCUACCCCUUCUUCCCAGAAUCAUCACGGCCCGAUUGCGGGUUGAGCAGGCUGGAUUGCUCGGCUAAACCAUACCCGAAGCUGGAUUUGUAUGGGAAAGAGUAUGAUGUGAUCGAAAAGGAGAGCCUUUUUCUCAGAUUAAUUGAUCGUGACCUUGAAAAUCUUCUGUCGAAGAAGAGCUGCGAUACUUUCUAUCAUAAUUUCUCGCUCCCAUACUCUCCUGCUAUAUCAUAUGAAGUUUACCACAACUUAACUUUGUUCAGAUGCAAUAUCGUUAAGGACAGAAGCCAGAACGAGAGUAUUAAUGGCCAUUUCCAUGAUUUUUUGAGGUAUGAUAAAUGUAGCAGCUUUGAGACAGGAGGUUUUGUAGUGUUCUAUAAGAAGCCGUACGAGGAUCAAGACUUUGGGUACAUUGCAGAUCACGACUUUGAUCAGGCUGGUUGUUCGCGGAUUCAGCUGCCAAUCCCGUUGAGCUCAGAGGUUAUGCCCAAUGGAGAAGGCCCGUUUGGUUUGGUAAAUGCAACCUUUUUGUUGGAAUGGAGUUUGUCUGAAGACUGUAUUGAGUGUCAUGACAGAGGAGGUUUAUGCAUUGUUGAUCAAACCAAUAGGUAUCAUUGCUCCAAAGGUACUGAUAUGGGCACAGUUGCAGGGAAAGUAGAUCAUGAUCUACUGCUUGAAGCAGGUGGAGUUGCAUUGGCUGUGGGUGUACUCUUAGGCAUAAUAUUGGUUGUAGUGAUUUACAAAAGAAAGCGUCACAAGUCUUUAUAUGAUAUAUCAAGAAGCAAGUCAUCAAAGGGGGAAAGUAGUAAGGACUAUGGAGUUCCCAUCUUCACCCACAAGGAGCUUGACAAGGCUACAGAUCAUUUCGCUUCGUCUAGAGAACUUGGAGAUGGUGGCUUUGGGACUGUUUACUAUGGGAAGCUACAGGAUGGAAGGGAAGUUGCGGUGAAGUAUCUUUACCAGCAGAAUCGCAAGAGGAAGGAGCAAUUCAUAAAUGAAAUUCAAAUCCUUGCUGGCAUCCGGCACCCGAACCUCGUCACCCUAUACGGAUGCACAUCCAAGCACAGCCGAGAGCUCCUCUUGGUCUACGAGUACAUCCCCAAUGGAACGCUUUCAGACCACCUCCACGGCAGGAUGAUAUCAAACGGAGACCCUCCCCUGAACUGGCCCAUCCGGAUGAACAUCGCAGUUGAAACCGCGAGAGCCUUAGCCUACCUACACGCUUCUGACAUAAUCCACCGCGACAUCAAGACCGCCAACAUCCUCUUGACCCACAACUUCUCCGUUAAAGUUGCAGACUUCGGGCUUUCGAGACUCUUCCCAAAUGACGUCACACAUGUUUCAACUGGGCCUCAGGGCACCCCAGGGUACGUUGACCCUGAGUACCAUAAGUGUUAUCAUCUCACGGAUAAAAGCGAUGUUUAUAGCUUUGGAGUUGUUCUCAUUGAGCUCAUAUCAUCAAUGCCAGCAGUGGAUGUGGAUAGGGGUAAGGAUGAGAUUAAUUUAUCGGACUUGGCAAUGAAACGAAUGUUGAGAGGGGAAAUGAACAGGUUGGUGGAUAAAUCGUUGGGUUUUGAAACGGAUGAAGUGGUGACGAGGAUGACGAGUUCAGUGGCUGAGUUGGGUUUCCAAUGUCUGCAACUGGACAAAGAGUUGAGGCCUGCAAUGGAGGAAGUGUUGCUUAGGUUAUUGGAGAUUCAAGGUGAUAACAUUGAGGCUUCAAAUGUGGAUAAGAGUGCAGAUAUUACUCGAAAUUCUUCCGAUUCGGGUUGUUUUAUGCUGCAGGAAGUCCUGGUUUCUCCAGAUUCUGUGAUGCAAAAGUGGGUUAGUACUAAAUAUAGUGUAUAGCAGUGUUCACAACCAGUUAGUGAUUGAAAAUUGUUCAAGGCAUUAAUUAAUUGUUAGUAUUAAUGUGCUUGCUCUACAGCCUACUGUGUUCUUCCCUUUUGUACCACAAGGUACAAGUAUAUAAAUAAACCGCUCUUAUACGAACUGCUUAUCUGUUACUUUUACUCCUUUAUAAAAAAUGGUCUUUGUACACACAUCUGCACAACAAUACUUUUGUAGGGACAAGAUAUUCAC